UUGCAUAUGUCUGUGUUGCGCCAUGCCUGUCAAUGUUUUCAUUCCCUGCCCUAAAUGCGGCGGUUUAACAAUUACAGUUUUUGUUUAAAAGGAUUGGAGCGAGUCGAAGGAGAGGCGGGGAGUGAGUGUAAGGGUUGUCAAGUUUGAUUGGUGUCUGGACAGCGGACUCAGGCAAAGAUUGAAGCGAUACCGCAAGCUGGCGCUGCGCUGGCAUCCGGACAAAAACCUGAAUAACAAGGAGGAGGCGACGAAGCGGUUCCGUGACAUCUCAGAGGCCUACGAGGUUUUAUCAGAUGACAAGAAGCGGAAGACGUACGACAAGUACGGCAAAGAGGGCGUGAGGAAUGGCGGCCCGAGCCCGGCGCACGCGCACCAGUACCAGCACCACCACCACCAUCACGGCGGCUUCCCCGACGACGACUUCAACUUCCUCUUCACCGGUUUCACAUUCCGCGACCCGGAGGACGUGUUCCGCGAGUUCUUCGGCUCCGACCCGCUGUCUGACCUGCUGAACGACUUCUUCUCGCCAGGCAUGCUGGACCCGCUGAGCGGCGGCGUGCCGCGCCGAGCCCGGCCGGGCCGCAGCCGCGGCUCGCGCCACCCGCCGUCGGCCGGCGCGCCCGCCUCCCAGCUGAUGUCGCCGGCGCUCUUCUCGCCGUUCGGUCUGGGCGGGCUCGGCAUGAUGUCGUCGUUCGCCGCCAUCGACGCCAUGAUGGACGGCAUGGGGCCGGGCGGCGGCUUCGUGACCGCCGACAGCUUCAGCACGCACAUGGGCCCCGGCGGCGCGGCCAUGAAGCGAACCUCCACCAGCACCAAAUACGUCAACGGCAAGAAGAUCACCACGCGACGGGUGUACGACAACGGCCGAGAAACGGUCGAGACGUACGAGAACGACGUGCUGAAACAGCGCCUGCUGAACGGCGUGCCGCAACGCGUCUCGGCCCACGCGCGCUAGCCGCCGUCGCCGGCGCCGAGCCAGUGAUAAAUCAGUCCGCGUGUCCGCCGGCGCACCGGCCGGCCGGUCAAAUCCGAACACGAGUGGAGGCGCGCCCGCCGACCGCCGCGCCAGGCGCGCUGACGCCGGCCGAAAUCGCCAGUCGCCGCAGCUUCGUUCGCGUUUUAUGUGAAUGCCGGCGGAGUGUGGCGCAGUGAGACGGGCACCGCCGCUCGAGCGGCGCGGCAUCAGGGACAGCCCCGCGUGGCGGGACAUGGAGUCGACGGGAUCGCCCCGUCUGACGGGACGUGGAGUCGCCAGGACCGCCCCGCCUGACGGGACGUGGAGUCGCCGGGACCGCCCCGACUGACGGGACGUGGAGUCGCCGGGACUGCCCCGCCUGACGGGACGUGGAGUCGGCGGGGCCGCCCCGCCUGACGGGAUGCAGAAUCGCCGGCACCGCGUCGCCAACGGCGCUCAUAGCUCCGCCCAGCAUGUCCGUGCCCGGCCGUCAUGACACCGCGACUGCGGUGACUCCGAAGACUGCACGGCCGCUGCCGUGCGUCGCGUUCGCGUGCGGAACCGCGGACCGCGCGGCGCGAGAGGCGGGCUCGCCGGCGCUUGGGGUGGGCGGGGACGGC